AUGGAGAAGAUUUCUAUAAUGCGUCAGAGAUUACCAAAAUACUUGGACCGUGUUGCUGAGAAGAGUAGAGCUCCCAAGGCACUAACAAGAGUAGGUUGCAAAGCCCAAUUUCGCAUACGGUACGAUGCGGAUGCUGGUGAAGGGGGAAAGUAUGUUGUGACGCACUUCGUCGCAGACCACAACCAUGAAUUGACGGAACAACACUGUGUGAUGUAUCUGAGGUCACAUCGCAGUUUAAACAGCGGUGACAAAGCUCAAGCAAUGGCUAUGCGCAAUGUCGGUGUGAAGACUAGCCAAAUCAUGGACUAUAUGGUAAAUCAGUCCGGGUCUUAUGAGAAUGUUGGUUUCAUCCGCACGGAUCUGCACAACCAUAUUCAAGCCGAACGUAAAGCAGAAGUUGAGGAUGGUGAUGCACAGGGUGCAUUGGUUUACCUAUGCGCAAAACUUGAUGUCUUAUGUAGGGACUAA